UGAAAGGCAAAGUCGACCUCGGCGGAAUUUGAACUCAGAACGUAACGACAGAUGAAAUACCGCUAAGUAUUUCGUCCGGUGUGCUAACGAUUCUGCCAGCUCGCCGCCUUAUCAAUUACGCAAUGGCUUUUUUGGGGGGUGGGGGUGGGGGCAGGAGACUGAAAAACUGAAAACUGUUAUUACUGUCAAAAUUGCUGUAUGAAUCCAGGGACGAACCAUCUUAAUUUCAAGUCACUGAGUCGCUUUCUCUCCUGCUUCGCUCACGAACGCAAUGGCUCACUUUGCUGCCCUUGAGAAGCCCAAUGAAUGGAAGACCCUGUCAUAUGAUCCCCGAUGUGCAAAGAACCCAAAUGGCAACAAUCCAGAUGCUCGUAAUUGCGCUCAAUUUAUAAACUGCUUUAAUUCCACGUCAAUGGGUCUGCAGAAAUGUCCUGAAGGCCUUUUCUUCUCGACAACCAACUUCACCUGUGAAUAUCCUGAAAACGUCGUCUGCGGUUCACGAUUCACAUCACCUGAAUACCGUCAUCUGCUUAAAAUUGGAGAAAGCUGUCGGAAUGAAGGAACACGUUUAAUCCCAAAUCCUACAGAUUGUCACAGAUAUUAUCAAUGCCAAGGCGGUUUAGAUACGCCCAAAGCGUGCUCUCCAGAUCUAGUUUUUUCGAAAAAAGACCAGGCCUGCGUGCAACAGUGGGAAGCCCCAGACGUCAAAUGUUGAUAGAAAAACGAAAUCUUUUAGUUUCGCAGCAUUUAAAAUAAUUGAGACAAAUAAUGUCCUCUUGUAUAAAGAAAGUCCAAUGCAAUUAGAAGUUGGAAUUUUGUUUCGAUUACCAGAAAAACCAACAAACCAUUUAUUUUCAUUAAUACUUUUCAUGUUCUGACGAAAAUAGCAGCCAUCGUUAAUAAAUCAAGAGACGGUUGAGAGAGGAUUUGAAGUAAUUCAACACAUGAUUCACUUUCUGAAUAAUAAAACGCUUCACGGGUUCUUACGUUCGAAUCUGUCAGAAAGUAUUGACCAUGAAUAAUUACCUUAUUGUAAAAACUUCAUUAGAAAUCGUGAAAGAAUAAAGAGAAAAGAGAUUGCUUGUCAAAAA